UGAACGCGUCUCCUUUAAGGGAAGCCGCAGCUAGGCUGUGUGGGUGUUUUGGUGGGGUGUGUGUGUGUUUAACGCCGGCUGACCUGAGAUAAAUUCACUUCCAGGUCGAGGGUGACAGCUAGGCUGGGGGGCCCCGGCUUGCUCCUGCACGGUGGUCGGGGCCCGCCCCGCGACUGCAGCCGCCGAAGGAGGAGGAAAGGACGAGGGGCGAGGAGUCCCCGGUGCAGAAAUGGAAGAGGCUUCACCAUAUUCUCUGCUUGACAUCUGUUUGAAUUACUUAACAUCUGAUCUAGAGAAGUUCUGUACAGAAAGGCAAGAUGGGACGUUAUGUUUGCAAGAGCCUGGGAUAUUUCCACAGGAAGUGGCUGACCGAUUAUUGCGGACCAUGGCGUUUCAUGGACUGCUGAAUGAAGCUACUGUGGGUAUUUUUCGAGGCAACCAGAUGCGUUUAAAAAGGGCUUGUAUCCGCAAAGCCAAAAUCUCUGCGGUUGCUUUUCGGAAAGCAUUCUGCCAUCAUAAGCUGGUGGAGCUCGAUGCUACGGGAGUGAAUGCAGAUAUUACAAUCACAGAUAUCAUCAGUGGACUUGCCAGCAAUAAAUGGAUCCAACAAAACCUUCAAUGCCUUGUGCUGAACUCAUUAACUCUUUCCUUGGAAGAUCCUUAUGAAAGGUGCUUUAGCCAGCUGACUGGUCUUCGGGCUUUGAGCAUUACCAAUGUUCUCUUUUACAAUGAAGAUCUAGCUGAUGUGGCUUCCCUUCCGAGAUUAGAAAGCUUGGAUAUAUCCAACACCUCAGUCACUGACAUAACUGCACUCCUUGCCUGCAAGGAUCGCCUCAAGUCUCUUACCAUGCAUCACCUGAAAUGCUUGAAAAUGACGACCACUCAAAUUUUGGAUGUCAUCAGAGAGUUAAAGUUCCUGAAUCAUCUUGAUAUUUCAGAUGACAAGCAGUUCACAUCUGAUAUUGCACUUCGUUUGUUAGAGCAGAAAGACAUAUUGCCCAAUCUUGUGUCCUUGGACAUUUCGGGGAGGAAACAUGUUACUGAUGAGGCAGUAGAAGCAUUUGUGAAACAGCGACCCUCCAUGCAGUUUGUGGGGCUGCUAGCCACUGAUGCUGGCUACUCAUUAUUUCUCACCGGAGAAGGAAACUUGAAGGUAUCUGGAGAAGCAAAUGAAACUCAGAUUUCUGAAGCUCUGAAGCGUUACAGUGAGCGGGCGUUCUUUGUGAGGGAGGCACUUUUUCAUCUCUUCAGCCUUACCCAUAUUAUGGAGAAAACAAAACCAGAAAUUCUAAAGCUAGUAGUUACUGGGAUGAGAAAUCACCCCAUGAACCUGCCAGUGCAAUUAGCAGCCAGUGCCUGUGUGUUUAACUUGACAAAACAAGAUUUAGCUGUAGGCAUGCCUGUUAGGCUUUUGGCAGAUGUCACUCAUUUGCUCUUGAAGGCCAUGGAGCAUUUUCCCAAUCAUCAGCAGCUGCAGAAGAACUGCCUUUUGUCAUUGUGCAGUGAUAGGAUACUGCAGGACGUUCCAUUUAACAGGUUUGAAGCAGCUAAAUUGGUUAUGCAAUGGCUAUGCAACCAUGAAGAUCAAAAUAUGCAGAGAAUGGCAGUGGCAAUCAUCUCCAUUCUCGCUGCAAAGCUUUCAACAGAACAAACAGCUCAACUUGGUGCAGAGCUCUUCAUUGUCAGGCAACUACUUCAGAUUGUAAAGCAAAAAACAAAUCAGAAUGUAGUGGACACUACACUUAAGUUUACACUGAGUGCACUUUGGAAUCUUACGGAUGAGUCCCCAACCACAUGUCGGCACUUUAUUGAAAACCAAGGGCUAGAGCUCUUCAUGAAGGUCUUGGAGUCUUUUCCGUCUGAGUCUUCUAUCCAGCAGAAAGUUCUUGGCCUUCUGAACAACAUAGCAGAGGUGAAAGAGCUCCAUUCAGAGCUUAUGUGGAAAGACUUCAUAGACCACAUCAGCAAGCUGUUGCACAGUGUUGAGGUGGAAGUCAGUUACUUUGCAGCUGGAAUUAUUGCUCAUUUGAUAUCACGAGGAGAACAAGCCUGGACAUUGAGCCGCAGUCAGAGAAACUCACUCCUAGAAGAGCUGCAUUCUGCCAUUUUGAACUGGCCUACACCAGAAUGUGAAAUGGUGGCAUACAGGUCAUUCAAUCCUUUUUUCCCUUUGCUUGGCUGCUUCAUGACUCCAGGAGUACAGCUGUGGGCAGUGUGGGCAAUGCAACAUGUCUGCAGUAAAAAUCCUGCCAGGUACUGCAGUAUGUUAAUUGAAGAAGGUGGAUUGCACCACUUGUUUAAUAUCAAAGAAAACAGCCAGACUGAUCCAGAUGUCCAACGAAUUGCUAACUCAAUUUUAGAUAGUUUAGAAAAACAUAUUUUGCGGCAUGGGCGGCCACCUCCUUGUUAAAAACCAGACAAAUUUAAAGGAAACACUAAAUAACAGGGAAUAUGUGUAUAAAUUAUCCUCUAAUAAUCCUUUGCAAAGUGUCUGUAGUUGGAAUAACUUUGGUUACAAUGAUCACCAUUAAAACGUUUUGCCAGCUGAUGUGGAAGCACACACAACUCAUGGCUGGCAAAUGUUGUAUUUAAUGGUCUCUGCCAUUAAGGGUUUUCAUGAGGAUCUAGGAUGCAUUCUUAAACUGGUCAUGUCGAAUCGCCUUUGCUUGUAUGAAAAAAUGAAGACUACCAUUCAGAUGUACAUCCAAAAUGGAACCUUUAGAAAUUCUGUUGAGUUCAAGUACAAGAAAUCAUUUCUGCUUGCUUCAUUCCUUCAGAAUAGUUGUGUUUAAAUAGAACUAUUCACCAACUCAGUAUUUGAAUAGAACUGUUUGUGCUUGUAACGUCAGCACUAUCGAGCUUGAAACAAUGUCAUGUAUCCACACAUUUAAACACAACAGGUUAUGAGUAAGGUGACCAGAGGCAUCUUGUUCCAUAGAGACUUUUUGAACCCCAUGUGGAGCUUUCUGAUUUGUCUGAUGUUUCACCCAUUAUUUCUAAAAAGAGCACCUGAAUUUUUAAUCAUAGUUUAAUUUUCCUAAUAUCCUAUGGUGGAAUUUGUUUGUAGGGAGAAACCUGGCUUCUGCUCCAAGGAGCCGAAGGCAUAUGAAGGAAAGGGGGAGUUGCAGUUCUUUCAAAAAGGAGAAGAAGAAAAAGAUCAAACAGUGCUUUGACACUUGUUAUGAUUAGAUAUGUGUUUAACAGAAGACUGGGAAAACUGUGGUUCUCUCCCCCAAAAGGACUGCUAAGUGUAGAAAGAGUUUGCUCAGUUUAUGGGAUUGUACAACAUGGAGGACCAUCUGAUCACCUUAUUUAUGACAGGCGAUCAAUUGCUUUGCUCUUUCUCGUAAAUACUUUGUCAGUAUUUGUGCAGUGAAGUUUAUGUGCAAGGCAACACAACUCUCAUCCAAUAUCUUAUGUAAAGUCUGGUGUAAAUUACAUCACUGUGUGGAGUAUUAAAGUUUUACAUAAAACUUUCCAUGGUUAAAAACUUCCUCUGGUGUGUAUCUAUUAAUAUUUUGUGGGGGCAAAAUAGAAUUCACAGAAGUACACAAAGACUGACAUAAAGUAGAACUGAUGUAAAGCAAACAAUGCCUUCAGUCAAACUUACUAUUUUGAAAGGAUUGCUCUACAAUUUGUUUCACAAUUUAAAAAUUUGCUGCCUUAUUACUAGGGGUCCCUGUGCUAGUAGCUUUGUACUACCAAUGGGAAUUAUCACUGCUAUAAUAGGAAUAAAAAACGGAUAUGCUUUUUUUAAAAAAACAGGAGUGGGUCAAGGUAUCUUUGCUGAAUUUCCAUAGCAGCAAAAUAUACAUUGGUGAAGAAAAUUAAAGAUUCCUAAAAUACUAUUAAUUGGAGGGAAUAGCCUUUUUAUUUCAUUACUUAAGUGACCAUGUAAAUACUGGGAUAACUAAGGAAGGAAAUGUGCUGUCAAUGAAUAUUAUUUAUUACAGUUAUAAGGUACUAUAAUCAGAAGUACAAAUAAUAACUGUCACUACUAGCAAAAUAACAAACAAGUUUGUUACACAUCUCUGUGUCUUAGUGAAUUUGUAUCUUCUUUCAGGAGGCAGUGUUCAAAUAGAGCAAAGUUAUAUUUAAUUAUCAGAGCCACACCGGUUUCCUCUGUGUUGGAUGUGUUGCUCCCUUAAGGCACAGCAGUAAAUAUUUCUUAUGCAAGUCAAUGUAUUAAAAAUAAAGUUAAUUUUACACAGGA